CGAGCGCGGGAGCCAGCGGCGGGCAGCCCAGGAUGGGGGCCGCAGGCGGGAGGACGGAGCAGGGCGCUGGGGCCCAGAGCUGCCGGGCAGGAAGUCGGGGGGGAGUGAGCGGGCGAGCCAGCGCUGGGAAGUUUGCAAAGCUGUCAGUGCGCGAGGAGGAGCGAGCGGCCCGCGGCUGAGCGUCGCCCUCCGUACCUCUUUGGGGAGCGGGCCAAGAGCAGGGCGAGAAGCGGGGCGGGGGCAGCUCGCCCCGCCGCCGGGCACGGGGCCCACGCCAUGCGCAUCUGACCAGGCCCGGACAGCAGACGAGGAGGCGCCGGGAUGGCCGGCCCCAGGACCACCGCUUGGCUCUGUCUCUGGUGGGGCCUGCUGGCCAGGCAGGCCUGGGCCAUGAACUACCCGCCCAGGUACAGCCUGUAUACGGGGGCCGGCCUGCCGCUCGCACAGCUCCAAGGCACGCUGCAGGCGCCUCAAGGCGCACGGGUGGCCAGCCGCCACAGGAACUGGUGCGCCUACGUGCUGUCGCGGAGCGUGAGCUGCGUGGUGGAGGACGGCGUGGACACCUACGUGAAGCCAGAUUACCAGCCCUGCGUCUGGGGUCAGCUCCAAUGUCCCCGCGUCAUCACGUACCGGAGCUUUGUGCGCCCCCGCUACAAGGUGGCCUACAAGACCGUCUCGGACAUGGAGUGGCGCUGCUGCCCGGGCUACUCGGGCGACGACUGUGCCGAAGGAGGGGCGCCCCUCACCACCCCCCGGCCACGACCUGCCCCCGGCCGGCCCAACCUCUCCGGCUUCAGCAACACGCUCAGCGGCCUUGGAGGAGAAGAACAAAGGGAUUCAGAGAAGGUUCAGCAGCUUGAAGAGAAAGUGCAGACUCUCAGCAAGCAACUGCAGGAUCUGCAAGCCAGCAACACCCAGCUCACAGAAGACGUGCGCCGGGCAGUCGAGACCUCCUUGAAUGGUAAGCAGCCGGCAGACGCAGCUGCACACCCGGAGAUGAAGGAGACCCUCAAUGAGAUCCAGCGCCACCUGCAGCGCCUUGACAACCGCAUCUCCAGCCACGAGAAUGGCCAGGGCACGGCGGGUGGUGGGGAGACGGAUGUCCGUGGUGAGGUCCUACGGGAGGUAGAACGGCGCUUGCAGGAGUCGUGCUCAUCCUGCCUGACUGGUGUGGAGGGGCUCCAGAGGCAGCAGGCAGAAGACCACGACCGCAUGCGGACACUGGAGAAGCUGGUCACCUCCGUGGACCAGCGGAACCGUGAAGCCGUGGACACUGUCCGGCAGCAUGUUGGCCGCCUGGCUGCCCAGCUGCCCAAGGACUGCUGCCCCCAGCUGGAGGGCCGGGUGGGUGGGCUGGAGCGCCGCCUGGAGGCCAUCUCGGAGGCCUUUGCCGUGCUCAAUGAGCAUGUGGGAAGGCAAAGGCCUCUUCCGCCUCCUCCCUGGAGUGUGGACAGGCGGAUGUCUGAGAUGGAGAGCCGCGUCAAUACCACCCAGCGCAGCCUGGAGGAGCACUUUGCAGACCUGCAGGUCAUGCUGGAAGGAGCGGACGAGCGGCUGCGCAGGGCUGAGGGGCAGCUGGACUUUGUCUUCUCCCGCCUGAAUGACUUCCAGAGCCACGUCAACCAGGCUCUGGCCAACCUGUCGCGGGACGUCGGGGCACUGAAGGACAGCGGCCUGCAACAGCAGGGUGCCCUGGAGCGGGUGCGUGGGGCCGUGUACGCCUGCACCCAGAUCUGCACCCCACCAGGUAACCAGGACUCCCAGAUCAGCACCAUCCUGAGCGACCUGGAGCGGCGGGUGCUGGACAACGAGGGACAGUUGCGGCUGCUGGGCACCAGCCUCCACCAGCUGGACGUCUCUGGCAAGCUGCGGAACCUGCAAGGCCUGGUGGGAUCCAACAGCGAAGGCCUGAGCAGGCUCGCUGGAGAGAUUGGUGAGCUGGAGAACAGGCUGCUGGUCUCCGUGAGUGCCGGACCGCCUGAUCUGGUGCUGCACACCAACCGCACCUACCAGCGCUUGGAGAAGCUGGAGCGGGAGGUCCAGGGGCUGGCGCAGCAUCCCUGCAGCCGGGAGUGCGUGGAGCUGCGGGAGGAGGUGGGGCAGCUCAGGGCAGAGGCGGAGACCUGCCAAGCCGCCUGCCAGCCGACGGGGAGGCAGCCGGAUCUGGGCAAGGAGCCAGUGGUGGAUGCCUCCCGGCCCCUGGAUGGCUUCAGUGUGAUUGGGGGCAGCUCCAGCAUCCAUCUCCAGUCCCUGCAGGGUGAGCUGUCGGAGGUGAUCUUGGGCUUCAGCACCCUCAACGAGAGCCUAGCAGGGCUGCAGGCCACGGUGGAGAAGCACCAGACAGACAUCCACGAACUGGGCACCACCAAGGACCACAUCAUUGCCGAGAUCAACCGGGUGCAGCAGGAGGUGACGGAGCACGUGGGCGAGAGCGAGGAGCGCUUCCAGGGCCUGGGCCGUGAGAUCCACCACUUCGGGAGCCUGUUGCGGGUGGAGGCUUCAGACUGCCGGAGGGCCUCUGGGGGCCUGGCCGAGCGGCUGGCCAAGCUGGAGGGGGCCUGCGAACGGCUGGACGAUGUCUCUGGGAGCCUGCGCAAGAUCAAGGAGGGCCUGGACAGGCACGUCUCAGCCCUGUGGGGCUGCCUCCACGAGGUGAACGGGACCCUGCGCGACCACGGGGCCCUGCUGGACAAGAUCCACGGCAGCCAGCUGGGCACCAUCCACCGCCGCCUCAGCACCCUGAACGGGUCCCUGCAGACGCUUCAGGGCCAGCUGCAUGGUCUCACCUUGCAGGACUUCACAGGGCCUCCAGGGCUCCCCGGACCAGAAGGCCCCGUGGGGGGGCGGGGUCCCCCAGGCCCACUGGGGCCCCCUGGCAAAGACGGAAGGGCCGGCUCUGUGGGGCCUCCAGGUCUCCCUGGAGAACAAGGCCUACCUGGCCCAGCUGGGACAAUGCCGAAAGUCUCCUUCACAGCAGCACUGACCGCCCGGCACGUGCAGACGGGGACCAUUGCCUUCGACCAGGUGCUAGUGAACGAUGGCAACUCCUAUGACCCAGAAUCAGGGAUCUUCACAGCUCCAGUUUCUGGGCGCUACCUGGUCAGCGCCGUCCUGACUGGCCACAGGGGGGAGAAGAUUGAGGCAGUGCUUUCGCGCUCCAACCAGGCCAUCGCCCGCAGCGACUCGGCCGGAUACCAGCCAGAAGGUUUGGAGAACAAACCCGUGGCUGAGCACCAGCCGAGUGCCGGUGCCUUAGCGGUCUUCACCCUCAUUGUGCCCAUGGAGGCUGAGGAGACUCUUUGUGUGGACCUGGUGUCUGGCCGGCUGGCCAGCUCUCCGGAUGAGCCACUGACCGUCUUCAGCGCAGCCUUGCUCUAUGAGGAGGACCUUGGGGUCUAGGUUGAUUGUGGGCAAGGGAAGGGCACAGGCUGAAGCAGCAUGCCAAGGAGCCCCCCCUGCAGUCCCAGCCAAGCCUCCCCUCCUCCCACUUCUGGGGCCACCCCAGCAUGUUGGCCAACACCUCAGGGAAGAUGUUCCUGCAGCCACUAGACUCUCCAACCGCCUACUAUGGCCCCCUGCUGGCACCAGCUGCUGGGCAGGAGGUGUGCAGAGACUCUCUCUUCCCAAGGCACUGCAAGCUGGGUGCACCCAAGGGGGUGCCCUGCCCUCCACCCUGUCAACCCUCCAGGCCUGGGGGGGGGGCUGCUGCUGCCACCAGCACUAAACACCACCUAGAGACCAUCCAUCCAUGAGCUGGUAGGAACGGAAGAGCCCUUUUUGUUAUUUAUCUGCGUCUGUCGUUCCCCAGAGAAAUGACCCCUCCCUCCCUCCCUCGUGCAGCCACCACCAGCAGCAGCAACCGCCUCGCUGCACCACCAGCCGGCUUUCUGCCUUGCUCUUCAUCACAGCUUAUCACAGCUGGGGCUGCCUCUUCUAGCCAUCUCCACUGCAGAGCUGCUCAAAAUCCAUGCUAGGCCAUGCUCACCAUGGAUGUGCCAGUCACAGGAAUUCUGCCCCCCCUUGAGACAACACCGCCGAUUAUGUGAGAGGAGGGGGGGAGAUGCUCCUUUGCAGCACUGUUGGCAGAGAUGCAAGCAGUGAGAAAGUGAUAGAGGCUGGAGGAGGAAGGUGCUUUCUUCAAGCGCCAUCUCCUGUGUGGUGCACCCCUUGUGUAUAUGCUGUGUAGAGGCCCCGCUCAGCUAUCGAUAUAAUGAUUGAAUAAAGAAACACGACUUUUUUUAAAAAA